UCUCGACAUACCCAUAAAUUGCGAUUUCAGCGUUGCGGGACGCCUGUUCCGACACGAAGCGCAGUGUGACUUCGAGAAAAUCCAUCGUCCCGAAAGCCUAGGCAAAGAGGCUGGACCAGCUUUCCAUUUCCAAGGUCGUGUCUGAAGGAAUCCAGAAGUAACAUGUGAACUUCUUGAGCCAGCGACGUAAACUCUGAGCCCAACGAUGUUCAUCGUCGCGGCUCCUCCUCCAUAUAUCAUGUGGCUCUGCGGUGCCUCAGACGACCUUACGAUCGAUCAAUCAAUCCACCUCAAUCUUUUCGCACCAUGAUCCCCCUCCGCCCACUUUUGCUGGCCGCCCUGCUGCUCCAAAUCCUGGUCACUCGGGUUGCCGCCUUUGACUGGCAGCUCAUCUCUUCCGACUGCUCUCGAUUCCUUUUCCAGAUCACCUUGAUUGAGCAAGAGGCCACUCAAGGCUCUUACAUCUCCAUUCAGCCCGUCGUGGGCGGAGUGAGCGAUAACGAAUUCCGUCUCGACAUUGGCCAUUACUACCCGCCCUCAAAUCUGCAGCAUCAAUUCUACUACUACCUCAGCAAUUCUGCGACCGGCGCCGCCGAUGUGAUCGUUACGAUCACCAUCAUCGGUCCUAGCGGCACCCCCAUCAUCUAUCCCCAAGGAACGGCCGACGAUCAGGAAACGGAACGCUUUACCCUCGCUUGCUCGGCAUCCAGCCAGCCCUCAAGGGUCUCGUCGUCUGCGACCUCGACCUUUACGUACAGUACGCCGUCAUCUUCGGCUACGGCCGUGCCAGCUGCGACGAGUUCGUCCAGUGCGCCGACGGCCACGUCCUCGAUCAGCAGCGACUGUCAAUUGAAUUGCGAGUCCCGUUGCCCAGGCGACACGCACAGCGGCUGUCAGUCGGGGGACUCUGAUUAUUACUCAUGUGUGCAACGUCAUCAAGCCCAGAAGCAAAUCUGUAUGGCACCGUGUCUGAGCGGAUGUCUUCAGGCUGUCGCUUCAUCCGCUGCGGCCUCGACCUCCUCCUUUCGCGCAAGCAGCCCGCACAGCGUCAUUGUUGUUCCGACCAGAACUUCUGUCAGUGCCGCUACGUGGGGCCCAACAGCCCCGCCUUUUGCGAUUUGGAUGACGUUAUCGAUCGUACUAGGCCUUGUCUCCUAUGCGUAGCUGCGCUCAAACCCUGCUUGUAUCAGCAAGGUGGUUCACGGUCGGAAGUCACGCACGCCCCGGAUGCGAAUGUCCAAUGAGACUGCGGAAAGCUACGACGCAUGAAAGCCUGUCAUUGGAAAUAAAGGCGACGCAUUGGCUGAAUGAAAAGUUGCGUGUGUGUCGACCGGCGCAAGGGAUGGAACAUACGCGCGCGACGAUGGC